AUGAUGCAAAGAGGCUCUUCCUCCGCUCUGCGCGCCGUUGCGCCCGCCGUUUCCCCGUUUGGUGAACAACACAUUGCUAAAGGCAUUGGCCGUCUUACAAAGCACGUCUUUGAAGAGGGCAAGGGCACGUUCAUCACCACCGAUAAGGGUGUGAAGCUUCUUGACCUGACAUCUGGGAUCGGUGUUGUGAACCUUGGUCAUUGCCAUCCCAAAGUCAGUGCGGCUGCAGCGGCGCAGUGCACCAAGAUCACACACGCUCAGGUCAACAUUGGUUUCAGCUCUGCGCAGAUUGCUCUUCUCAAGGAGUUGAUUCCUAUCCUCCCGCACAAGUCCCUCGAUACAGUCUUUCUCUGGAACUCUGGUGCAGAAGCAGUUGAGGCAGCAGUCAAGCUGGCUCGUGGCGCUACAAAGAAGCCUAACAUCAUUGUUAUGCAAGGCUCUUACCACGGCCGUACGAACGCAACAGCCUCGAUGACACGAUCCAAGACAAUUUACGGCGAAGGCCACGGGCCGUUGAUGGGUGGUGUCUUUGCAACUGCAUUCCCCUACUACAGCCAAUUCGGCGGCGCAACUCCGGAAACACCCACCGAGGAGCUUGUCAAUCAGGCUCUUCUCCAGGUCAAGCUCACAUUGCAACAACAGACCUCACCCUCGGACACCGCCGCGAUUAUCUUAGAGCCUGUCCUUGGCGAAGGAGGCUACGUUCCUGCUCCCCCAGCGUUCUUGCACGGCUUGAGGAAGAUUUGCGACGAGAACAACAUCCUGCUAAUUGCUGACGAGGUUCAGUCUGGCAUGGGUCGCACUGGUCACAUGUUCUUCGUAGAGGAGUCCGGUGUCCGACCUGACAUUCUCAUCUUUGCCAAGGGCAUCGCCAAUGGCUUUCCACUUUCCGGAAUCGCGAGCUCAAAGGAUCUUAUGGAUCUGCAAAAGCCUGGAUCGAUGGGUGGCACAUACGCCGGAAACGCCGUUGCUUGCGCUGCUGCUAAGGCAGUCAUCGAGGUCUUCCGUGAAGAGAAGAUCCUCGAUAAUGUCGCGGCCCGUUCUGAGCAAAUUUUCUCUUUCCUGAAGGACUUGAAGGCGUCCGGUACCAAGGCCGGCAACCUGAUCGAAGACAUCCGUGGCAAAGGACUGAUGGUCGGCGUACAAUUCGCAAACCCAGAGCUUCAACGCGACUCAUCGAAUACUUCUUCAAGGAACGCAAAGGCUCAGCCGCAGAUCGCACCAAAGGUGGUCCAGGAGUGCGUCGAACGCGACAUGCUUCUUCUCAGCACUUCGGUAUUCGACGUUCUGAGGUUCAUCCCGCCGCUUACCAUCAGCGAAGAGGAGUUGACCCAGGCAUGCAAUAUCUUCAAGGAAUCCCUUGAAGCUGUCGCGAAGGACUUGUAA